AUACAUGCGUUUGUGUGCUGAUUUCCACUUGACGUGUUGCAAUGUCUAACUGUGCAAUUCCGACGGUGGAUCUGUCUGUGUUCUUCCAAAACGGCGAUGAGGAAGGCAAGAAGGCGGCGAAAGCCAUAAUUAGCCGCGCCUGUUCUGAAUACGGCUUCUUUCAGGCUGUAAACCACGGGGUAUCGCUGGAGCUUAUGAGCCGAGCCAUGGAGCUUACCAAGACAUUUUUCACGUUGCCAGAGGAAGAGAAGAUCAAGUACAGACCUAGAUCCGGAGCGCCGGUUCCGGCCGGUUAUGGGAAACAGCCGGCGCACUCUAGUGAUAAGAAUGAAUAUCUGUUGAUGCUUCCACCUCAGUCCAGUUUCAAUGUUUUGCCCAAUGACCCUCCUGGGUUCAGGGAAGUACUUGAAGAGAUGUUCAAGAAUUUCAGCAAGACAGGUGAAGUUGUGGAGAGCAUUUUGAACGAUUGCUUGGGUCUUCCUCCUAAUUUUCUCAAGGAGUACAACGAUGACAGAACCGGGGAUCUUAUGUCGGCUAAGCGGUACUUCCCAGCGACAGAAACUGAAAACAUUGGGAUAUCCGAACACGAAGACUCUAAUUGUAUAACUUUUAUUUUUCAAGAUGAAGUUGGAGGUCUUGAGGUUCUUAAGCAUGGAGAAUGGAUUCCAGUGGUUCCUGUUAAAGGCACGAUAGUUGUCAAUGUAGCCGAUGUUAUUCAGGUCUUGACUAACAAUAAGUUUAAGAGUUCAACUCACAGAGUUAUAAGAUCAAAGGGAAGGAGUCGUCACUCGUUCUCCUUUUUCUAUAACUUGCAAGGAGACAAAAUAGUCGAACCAUUACCGAAUUUCACAGAACAUAUUGGAGAACCACCAAAAUAUAGACAAUUCGUGUACAAGAGCUAUCAAGCUUUGAGGAUAAGAAACAAGACUCAUCCACCAAACAGACCCGUAGAUGUGAUCAACAUAAGUCAUUAUGCGAUUUCUCCACACAAUAAUCAAGUGUACUCUAGUCUGUAGUCGCAUGAACUCUAAUUAUUAUAUAUGUUUCCUUUGCAAAUGGGAUGUGUUUAGCUUAUGGGUAAUGCUAUGUGUACAUAACUGUGUACACAAGGGUUUACAUCCUACUCACAUAGAGGGGCCUACACGUAACACGUAGCAUUAUCCUUAGUUUAUAUAUAAGUUCAUGUAUGGGAAAAUUUCGGGUUUGUACCUAAUCGAGGGUCCAAAUAAUGGGCAAAUGGUUGUUCAUUCUUA